GCUCAUUCGUGGAACUUGACAUUGAGCCCUUGAUGAAGUCCGUCACACUUGGAAUCUUUUGCAAAACAGCACUGAACUUUGAAGUAGUGACUGGCGAGGAUGGCAUGAGCCCAUGUCCACAGGCCACUGCCUUUGAAUACUUGAGUGAACAAAUGAUGAAGCGUUUUAGCAAUCCCCUUUGGCCUCGACACUUUUUUUACUGGAUUCCCACUGAACAGAACCGUCAACAGAUAAAGGAACAACACUUUGUUCGUUCCUUCUUGACCAACCUGAUUACGGAAAAGCGCAAGUCUAUUGAAGAGAGCCAUGCCAGUGAAACAGAUAAGGAUCUUCUGACACAUCUUUUGAAGGCUCACAACACUGCCAAGAGCAUGGGCAUUGUGGAAGCUGAACAGGUCACAGACGACAACCUCACUGACAUUCUCAUGUCACUUUUUAGUGCGGGUUAUGACACAACAUCAAUGACUUUGUGCACUGCAUUGUACUUGCUCGCUCAACACCCUCAAGCUCAAGAGCACUGUGUCAGAGAAAUCCAGAACACGAAGGGUGGAUUGGUUGAUCCACAUGACUUGGUGUACUGCAGGGCUGUGAUCUUGGAGGCUCUUCGAAUGUACCCUCCAGUGGUUACUACCCUCCGCACCAUGACAAAGCCAGUGGAGCUCAGCGGAGGUCUUGUGAUCCCUAAAGACUCUGAUGAGUUUGUUCCUAUCUAUGGCAUCCACCAUGAUGAGAACCUCUUUGCUCUUCCCUCUGAGUUUCGUCCGGAUCGUUGGGUGUCAGCAGAGGAAGGGAAAGAAGGAUGCUGGAUGGAACGAAGUGCCUUGGAUGAUUCUGGUGAAAUUCCAGCAGCCAAUCAUUCCAAUUUAUUGGCUUUCUCAGCUGGUGGCAGGAAUUGUGUGGGUAUGAAGUUUGCCAUUCAAGAAGCUGUCCUUGUCCUUGCCAACUUGUUGAAAGGGCUUGAAUUCGCAGCUGUCCCCAGCUUUGAACUCAAGAGCUCCAACCAGGUUAUUCUCCAUAAACCUGACAAUGGUGUUCUUCUCAAUGUUAGCACUAGGGUGUGAAUUGUUUCUGGCCAGAGUGUCUGGGGUUAAGCCAAUGAGUUGGAGGCUGCGGUGAAGAGUAGCUAGAAGUAAGAACAAAGUAGUGCAAGCCCAAAGCAAAAUUGGACCCAACGACAACACCAGUAGACGAGGAACCUUGCUCCAUGAGUCUCCACCAACUCCAAUGGCAAGGAAGUCAAGGCUACUACUGUAGGGAGCCAGCCAGCC